AUGGUAUGGUGUUCUGUGCUCCAAGGCAAGGCCAACACUGGCUUCCAGGGAUUUUGCUACGCCCGAACUACUGGAGUCAGAUAUUGCGCCGUCAGGGACUCGGGUCGUCGGUCUCAAUGUUUCGGGCUCGAUGAAAAUAACCGUGACAGACCAUGGUUUCCUGAUCUGUCAGGAAUCGUUUUCCAGGAAGCAAGAGCUUAUGCGUGGGCAUCACUACGCCAUGUGCUCACUAAUCGUCAGCAGGGCAGACCAAUAAUUAUUUUCAAAAUAUGUGUUUAUCUUCAUUGUAACACGCACACGGCACCAGAAGAGCUGCUGGCAAGUCAAGCUUGUUAG